ACCGUAAAAUCUGAAGACAUGACUUCCUUUCGAUGACACACUUUCUGUUCUUCCGCUUUUUACUGUACAGAGUAAGGGUGUAAUGGUCAACUAAUCUUCACCAAAACAAGGCCGCCAGUUUUAUUGGCAUCCCGAAGUGACAUUUUUUAAGAUUUACACUCCAUUAUUUUGUGUUGUUAAACAGGACAGUUAAGAGCCCAAACAAACUACAUCUCCCAUCGCUCCAUAGUGUCAUCAAGCACUGUGGUGGAUUUCCCGUAAGGAAGUAAUGUGUUGAGUUUAAGAUUGCAUAUUUGAAUACGCUGGUAUUACAAUCAUUUAGAAGAAAUAAGAAUUUGGAGAGGUAUUGGAUUUUAAAACGACCUUGGUAGAAAAGUUAGAUUCGGGUUCAUCUGAUGGGCAACUAAGACCAUGAAUUUGUAAGUCGGAAAUUAUUGAAAACUGUGAUGGACAGACACAGGACUGGCAAAUAAGCUGCUGAAUGCAUAUCUUAGUGCAAUAAUAGUAUCGUCAGCUUCUUAAGUGUGCACUGAAGAAAUAUAAUUUUUCAUGAAAUAAGAAGAAAUGGCUGAGGAAUUUGAUGUACAGGAAAAAUAUGAGACAGGCAUUGCGGUGUGGCACCAAGAUGUGGGGUCUUCUCAACCUGACAAUGGAUUGGAGACGAAGCUGGUCUCAUUGUUUGUGGUAUUGGUUCUGACAAUCUUGUUUGGUUUUAUCCCAGUAUGCAUUUUUCGAUUCCCACGUAGGACAUCUCUGUCUGCAGAUGCACGCCAAAGGAUUCUCAGUCUGGUGAGCUGCUUUGCUGGUGGUGUUUUCCUAGCUACCUGUCUUCUAGAUCUGGUUCCUGAUUACCUAUCUGGCAUGAAUAAUGCACUGAGUAAUCUGCGUAUCACUCUGCAGUUUCCAUUGCCAGAGUUCAUAAUGGCAAUGGGCUUCUUUAUAGUGUUGGUGAUGGAGCAGAUAGUCCUUGCAUACAAAGAUCAGUCAGGAUCCUUGGAAGAAGAGCGAGCAUUGAUGGGUGCAUCGUCAGAGGGGAAUAUCCAAUCACAGCACUGGGAUAAAAAUCAGAGACGUGAUGGGAGGCACCAUAGUGAGUCUGGUGUUCAUCUUCAUGUGGAUUUCAACUCGCACUCUGUUAUCCGUUCUUUCAUCAUGGUCUUGUCCCUUUCCUUGCACUCUGUCUUUGAGGGACUAGCAGUUGGCCUUCAACAGGUGAAUUCCAGAGUGCUGGAGAUAAGUGUGGCACUGCUGAUCCACAAGUGCAUCAUUUCUUUUAGCAUGACCUUGAAACUUGUCCAGAGCCAUAUACGGCCAGGUUUGGUGCUGUGCUGCAUUUUUGUUUUUGCAUUGAUGUCACCACUGGGUAUUGCAGUUGGCAUUGCACUUACUGAGGCACCUGGCGCUAUACAUCAGCUGACACGCAGUGUACUGGAGGGCUUGGCAUCUGGGACAUUUAUUUAUAUCACCUUUCUGGAAAUCCUUCCUCAUGAACUGAAUUUUCCUGAACAAAGAAUUCUUAAAGUUAUCUUGCUGAUUUUUGGAUUCUCUGCAGUCACUGGUGUUUUAUUUAUACGGUUUUGAAUUAAAGAAAUAUGUAUUUGGGGAGGGGGGACAAAUAUUUAGCACAGAAUUACAACCAGAAAAUGUUUGGUUUAAGUCAAAGUUCUGUGCAUGACUUCUGAUCCAACUUUUGUAAAGUGUUUUACUUCCUGUUAUGUAAUCCCUUGUUAAAUAUAACACCCAUACCACCAGGAAGGCAUGUAGGCUUUUUCUCAUUUUUGGCUUUCAUUUGUGCACUCCUUUUGGGUGAUAUUAGGGAAGCAAGCAAAGGUGUAAAAGGAUUAAUCUUCAUGUCUCUCAAAAUGUCUAAACUGGUUAUUUUAUAUUUUAUGAGUCAGACAAGUAUUUUGCUAGUAAGAAGCCAAUCUGUUUGUGUUGCAAAUGGCCUUUGCUUCAGAAUGAGUUGGCGCAGAAAGUUCUGUGUGAUAGGCAGGAUUGAUCAACCUAAGAGCCACUCUCCUCUUUGUACGGUGGAUGAGUUUUUAUCUCUGCUUAUUACUGCCAUGUGCCUUUCUGUAGUUCUGAUGUAACUGCACUUGUAGACACUUUGAAGUUUACAUAGUCUUACUGUAGAAGAGAGGAAACAAAGUUUGAUGUUAGAUGUAUUGACCUUUUGGAGACUACAUUUACCUGUGUUUAACCUUUCUAGUUUUUCUUCAUUUGAGGAGUGCAAUUUAAUUCCCGUUUGCUUUAGAAUGGAAACUGAAGCGGUCUGAUUGUAUCAAAGGUCCGAUACCUUACUGUAUUUCCAGGAAAGGAGACUGUAGUAUUCCACGAGUAUAACUGCAGAGAAUUUAACAUUACCUAGGAUAUUGACUGCAUAGAGUGUAAGUUAGCAAAUCAUUGGAGUGAACAAAAUUUGUUAAAGUACUUUUUUACUGCUGUAAAUUUGAUGUUGGGUGAACUUAAAGUUCAGAUUUAUAGUGAAAUCCCAGUAGUGCUUUGUAGUGUAACCUAAAAAAAAACUGUAAUAUGGUAAAAAUAUGUUUAUUUGUGACAACCUACAAAUAGAUUGUAGAUAUGAAUAAAGAGAGGAGAAUGGCCAGCCUUUGUAAAAUAAUGUCAUUCACCACUCUCAAGUUUGUGAUCGGAGACCAUGGCUUAACAUGUUUUCUUUGUUAAAUAACUUUACAUGUGCCAACCAGGUAGGAGCUGAACUAACAAUGAUUGAGGUACUCAGCACAGGUUGCACAGCGUCUAUAUGUUUUUGCUCUGAAAAUGCUGUAAACGUUUAAAAGUCAACAAAAUGUUAGCAUUCUACUGCAGAAUAUAAUGAUGCACUUAAUUGUAGAAAGUUCACUCCUGCAUUGUUGUAACGUGGGGCAGUCAUAUGAAAGGAGGGAGAAUGGGGGAUAAGAUGGUAAGGUUUAAAAGUGUGAAACUAAUGAGAUCUACCUUAGUCAUGCUUGUGGGAGAUUAGAUACACACACACACACACCCUUAUGCAUACUUUAUAGUCAGUCUUACUCCUGGGUAUGGAGGGAGUAAGUCAUGUAGAAACUCUUUGCAGUUUUUCACUGCAGCAAAUGUGCCAUGCUUCUCGAUCUUUUUAUAAGUACUAAGCUGAAAUGUGUAACUUACUGACAUAAUAGCCAUCGGGAAAAAUAAUCUUUUUAUUUCCUUUUUUAAGAAAACUUAGUUGUAUCUUUAACACACAUUUUGAUGCUGUCAUUGUAUUGGAUGUUGUAUAGAUAUUUUAAUAACUGUCAUUUUAUUAAAAUAUACUAGUCUCAGUUUUGUAUUUCAUGUCCGGAAAAGUAAAAUAUUUUAAGUAGCUAACCAAGAUUACUCACCAGUCUUGGAGGGCAUGCAUUGUUGUUUCUUGACACUUUUUUUUAGUUUGAUAUAUUGAAAAAACAGAUGUGCUAUUACAAAGGCAAUAUGAUGGUGAAGAAUUUAUGAUCAGACCGUUGUGGUAAAACUUUUUGUCUUCAAACAGAGGAUUCAAGGCCAGCAUAAAUCUGAACCAUCAGUUUAGGAGUAUAAAAAGUGGUAUAUUUAACUGCACCAGCCCGUAUAUAGUGUAUGGUCAUGUACCUAACAUAAUUAAUAAAAGAUAAAAAGGAAA